AUGGAAAAUGUCCCCGCUACGACGACUACUACGACUACACAACCGCUAACACCACCACGACCACCACAUCCUCCACCAUCACAAUCACAACCACCUCAUCCCGCCCCAGCAAGCCCGAAAGAACCCAGACACCCACCCACAUCUCCAAGACGCACCCGCGCAUCAACUAGUCCCGGCCCACGCCCAGUCACCACCGCCACCACCACACCCAGCGGAGGGAGUCCCAGCGGACAUAAACGCACCAUAUCCAGGUCGCUCUUUUCGCGCCUCUCGUUGGGGCGCGGUGUGAACCCCGGUAGUGGUAGUGGUAGUCUUAGCAGUCCUGAGAGCCCUAGUAGUAGCGGAAUCGGAACCGGCACGGAUACCGAUGCAGAAGAAGUGUAUGCGCAACAUGGGCAGGAUAUUGACAGAGGAGACAGGGCAAUAGGGGGAAUAGCGGCGGCCGCCAAGGGCGUUGGUAUUAUUACUGGUGGAAAUGCAAUGGCCAGUGCGCUGCAGCAGCGGCAGCAGCAACAGCAGCGCAAGACGCGGAGGCGGAAGGGGUCGUUGAGGAAGACGGCGUUGUUGGGGACGGGGCCAUUGAGGUCUGAUGGGAGGAGGGAGAGGGAGAGGGGGGUUAGUUCUUCGCUGGCUUCUUCGCCGCUUUCGUCUCCUUCAGGGGUUACGAAGGAGGGGGUCGUGGAUACAUAUGCGGAGCGGAAGGGCAAAGAGCAGUUUAUCCAGGAUCAGGAUCAGAUGAGAAUCAGGUACAACGCCAGCACCACCACCACAACGUCCACCAUCUCCAUAACACCAACAACCAGCAGCAGCAGCAGCGGCGGUAAGAGCAACAACAACAACAGCAACAGCAACAGCAAUGGUAGCGGUCUCGGCCCAGGUACAGACACACGACACACCACCACCACUACUACCUCGCGCCGCGUCCUCCCUUUCACAAUCUCCAACCCCUUUUCAAGCUCCGACUCUUACUUCCCCCCCGUUUCCCAAACAGCCACAAACAUGCCCUCCACCGGCCUCCGCUCCAUCUCCCACCGCGUAAAAUCCCCCCUAUCAUUAUCAGGCGCCGAGCCAGCUGCCAUCGAAACCCCCGCCGCACCCCCAUCCACAACAACCACAGCAUCCCCCUCCGUAUCCGGCGUCUCAGGGGUAUCGGUAUCCGAUGACUUCCCUAACGCCACCGCCGCAGGCGCCAACACCACCGCUACCACCUCUCCUACCGCCGCAGCCGCAGCCGCAGCCGUAGCCGCCGCGGCCGCCGCCAGCAGCUCCGCCCUCGAAGAAGCCUGGGACUACGCCGAGACGGAGUGGUGGGGGUGGAUAAUCCUCCUGGUAACCUGGCUGGUCUUCGUAGUGGGCAUGGGCAGCUGUCUGGGGGUGUGGAGCUGGGCGUGGGAUGUGGGAGAGACGCCGUACGCGCCACCGGAGCUGGAGGAUGAUCCGACGCUGCCGAUUGUGGGGUAUUAUCCUGCGCUUAUUAUCUGCACGGCAGUGAUGGCGUGGGUGUGGGUUGUUGUGGCGUGGGUGGGGAUGAAGUAUUUUCGGCAUGCGAAUAUUUCGGGGGAGGAUACUUAG